UUACGUCUUUCCCUUUGACAAGUCGCCGCCGCUGCAGCAAAAAUAUAAAGGACGCGGCUAGCGCAGCCGCUGGCCAGCCGGGUGCCGGGUGCUGGAGCCGCACCCUACCGCCGCCAGCUCCCGAUCUGCUCACGAACUAAUGGCUGAAGAGUAAAUCAACAUGGCGACUAUGGUUCCACCAGUGAAACUGAAAUGGCUCGAACACCUGAAUAGCUCCUGGAUCACAGAGGACAGCGAAUCUAUUGCUACAAGAGAGGGAGUUACUGUUUUGUAUUCUAAACUGGUCAGCAAUAAGGAAGUAGUACCUUUGCCUCAACAGGUUUUAUGCCUCAAAGGACCACAGUUGCCUGACUUUGAACGUGAGUCUCUUUCAAGUGAUGAACAGGACCAUUAUUUGGAUGCCCUUCUUAGCAGCCAGCUAGCACUAGCAAAGAUGGUAUGUUCAGAUUCUCCAUUUGCGGGGGCGCUACGAAAACGACUGCUUGUACUCCAGCGUGUCUUUUAUGCACUUUCUAAUAAGUACCAUGACAAAGGCAAAGUGAAACAGCAGCAGCAUUCUCCAGAGAGCAGCUCUGGUUCAGCAGAUGUCCAUUCUGUCAGUGAACGUCCCCGAUCAAGCACUGAUGCACUUAUAGAGAUGGGUGUUCGAACUGGUCUAAGUUUAUUAUUUGCACUUCUGAGACAGAGUUGGAUGAUGCCUGUGUCGGGACCUGGUCUCAGUCUCUGCAACGACGUUAUUCAUACUGCAAUUGAAGUCGUGAGCUCUUUGCCUCCAUUGUCUUUAGCAAAUGAAAGCAAGAUUCCUCCUAUGGGCUUGGACUGCUUAUCACAAGUCACAACAUUUCUUAAAGGAGUAACUAUUCCCAAUUCUGGGGCAGACACUUUAGGUCGUCGAUUAGCUUCUGAGUUGCUGCUUGGCUUAGCAGCUCAGAGAGGCUCUUUGAGAUAUCUUCUUGAAUGGAUAGAAAUGGCUUUGGGGGCUUCAGCAGUUGUAUAUACUAUGGAGAAAAACAAACUACUAUCAAGCCAGGAAGGAAUGAUCAGCUUUGACUGCUUUAUGGCUAUAUUAAUGCAGAUGAGGCGUUCUUUGGGUUCAUCUGCUGAUCGGAGUCAGUGGAGAGAACCAACUAGAACAUCUGAAGGCUUAUGUUCACUCUACGAGGCAGCUUUAUGUCUUUUUGAAGAGGUUUGUAGAAUGGCUUCUGACUACUCAAGAACAUGUGCUAGCCCAGAUAGCAUCCAGACUGGUGAUGCUCCCAUUGUUUCUGAAACCUGUGAGGUCUAUGUUUGGGGCAGCAACAGCAGCCAUCAGUUGGUAGAAGGCACACAGGAGAAAAUACUACAACCCAAACUGGCUCCUAGUUUUUCUGAUGCUCAGACCAUUGAAGCUGGACAGUAUUGCACUUUUGUCAUUUCUACAGAUGGCUCGGUCAGAGCUUGUGGUAAAGGCAGCUAUGGGAGACUGGGCCUCGGAGAUUCCAAUAAUCAGUCUACCUUAAAAAAGUUGACUUUUGAGCCUCACCGGUCCAUUAAGAAAGUUUCAUCAUCUAAAGGCUCUGAUGGUCACACUUUAGCUUUUACCACAGAAGGUGAAGUCUUCAGCUGGGGAGAUGGAGACUAUGGGAAACUAGGACAUGGGAAUAGUUCAACCCAGAAAUACCCCAAGCUUAUCCAGGGCCCACUACAGGGAAAGGUAGUUGUCUGCGUAUCAGCUGGAUACAGACAUAGUGCUGCUGUCACAGAGGAUGGUGAAUUAUAUACAUGGGGUGAAGGAGAUUUCGGAAGAUUAGGUCAUGGUGACAGUAACAGCCGUAACAUUCCAACGUUAGUAAAAGACAUUAGCAAUGUUGGAGAGGUUUCCUGUGGAAGUUCACAUACGAUCGCUUUGUCCAAAGAUGGAAGAACUGUGUGGUCUUUUGGAGGAGGAGACAAUGGUAAACUUGGCCAUGGUGAUACCAACAGAGUAUAUAAACCUAAAGUUAUUGAAGCUUUACAAGGAAUGUUUAUUCGCAAAGUUUGUGCUGGGAGCCAGUCUUCACUUGCUUUGACAUCAACAGGGCAGGUUUAUGCUUGGGGCUGUGGGGCUUGUCUAGGUUGUGGCUCUUCAGAAGCUACUGCUUUGAGACCCAAGCUCAUUGAAGAAUUGGCUGCCACAAGAAUAGUUGAUAUUUCUAUUGGAGAUAGUCAUUGUUUGUCUCUCUCUCAUGAUAAUGAAGUUUAUGCUUGGGGCAAUAACUCCAUGGGACAGUGUGGCCAGGGAAAUUCAACAGGUCCUAUUACUAAACCAAAGAAAGUGAGUGGCUUGGAUGGCAUAGCUAUUCAGCAGAUCUCAGCUGGAACAUCACAUAGUUUGGCAUGGACUGCUCUCCCUAGGGACAGACAAGUUGUUGCAUGGCACAGACCUUAUUGUGUAGAUCUUGAAGAGAGUACCUUCUCACAUCUGCGAUCUUUUCUUGAGAGAUACUGUGAUAAAAUAAACAGUGAAAUUCCCCCACUUCCUUUCCCGUCAUCUAGGGAACACCAUAAUUUUCUUAAGCUGUGCCUGAAGUUGCUUUCAAAUCACCUUGCUCUGGCCCUUGCGGGAGGGGUAGCUACCAGUAUUCUUGGGAGACAGGCAGGACCACUUCGAAAUUUGCUCUUCAGGCUGAUGGACUCAACUGUCCCAGAUGAAAUCCAAGAGGUGGUAAUUGAAACACUCUCAGUGGGAGCAACCAUGCUGUUACCUCCAUUACGAGAACGGAUGGAAUUACUUCAUUCUCUUUUACCCCAAGGACCUGAUAGAUGGGAAAGCUUAUCCAAAGGACAGAGAAUGCAACUGGAUAUAAUUCUGACAAGUUUACAGGAUCAUACACACGUAGCCUCCCUUCUUGGCUAUAGCUCACCUUCUGAUGCUGCUGACCUUUCGACUGUGUGCAUGGGAUAUGGAAACCUGUCAGAUCAGCCAUAUGGUCCUCAGACCUGCCAUCCAGACACUCAUCUGGCCGAAAUUUUAAUGAAGACUCUCUUAAGAAAUUUAGGGUUUUAUACGGAUCAAGCAUUUGGAGAGCUAGAAAAGAAUAGUGAUAAAUAUCUUCUUGGAACAUCAUCUUCAGAGAACAGUCAGCCUGCUCAUCUUCAUGAGCUACUGUGUUCAUUACAGAAACAACUGCUUGCUUUUUGCCACAUUAAUAACAUUACUGAGAACUCAAGCAGUGUGGCAUUGCUUCAUAAACAUCUUCAGCUCCUGCUGCCUCAUGCCACAGAUAUUUAUUCACGUUCUGCGAAUUUGCUUAAAGAAAGUCCUUGGAAUGGCAGUGUUGGAGAAAAAUUAAGAGAUGUGAUCUAUGUGUCAGCUGCAGGCAGUAUGCUCUGUCAGAUUAUCAACUCCCUACUGUUGCUCCCGGUGUCAGUGGCUCGUCCUUUAUUGAGUUACCUCCUCGACCUCUUGCCACCUCUUGAUUGCCUUAACAGACUCCUGCCAGCUGCUGCUCUUUUAGAAGAUCAAGAAUUACAGUGGCCUCUUCAUGGGGGGCCAGAAGUAAUUGACCCAGCUGGGGUGCCAUUACCUCAGCCAGCUCAAUCUUGGGUAUGGCUUGUGGAUCUGGAAAGAACAAUUGCUCUCCUCAUUGGGCGAUGUCUUGGUGGCAUGCUUCAAGGCUCCCCUGUGUCUCCAGAGGAACAGGAUACUGCAUAUUGGAUGAAAACACCACUUUUCAGUGAUGGUGUGGAAAUGGACACCCCUCAGUUGGAUAAAUGUAUGAGCUGCCUGUUAGAAGUAGCUCUUUCAGGAAAUGAAGAACAGAAGCCUUUUGAUUACAAAUUGCGGCCUGAAAUUGCUGUCUAUGUAGACUUGGCAUUGGGUUGCUCUAAAGAGCCUGCCAGAAGCCUUUGGAUCAGCAUGCAGGACUAUGCUGUCAGUAAAGAUUGGGACAGCGCAACUUUAAGUAAUGAGUCACUCUUGGACACUGUGUCUAGAUUUGUUCUUGCAGCACUCCUCAAACAUACAAACUUACUUAGUCAAGCAUGUGGAGAAAGCCGAUACCAACCUGGUAAAAGCUUAUCAGAAGUGUAUCGUUGUGUAUACAAAGUUCGAAGUCGUUUACUUGCUUGCAAGAACCUUGAACUUAUUCAAACCAGGUCAUCAUCACGAGACAGAUGGAUCUCAGACAACCAAGACUCUGCAGAUGUUGAUCCUCAAGAGCAUUCCUUUACCCGGACCAUUGAUGAAGAAGCUGAAAUGGAAGAGCUGGCGGAGAGAGACAGGGAGGAUGGCCACCCAGAGCCAGAAGAUGAGGAAGAGGAACGGGAGCAUGAAGUAAUGACUGCUGGCAAAAUCUUUCAGUGUUUCCUCUCAGCCCGAGAAGUAGCUCGUAGCCGAGACCGAGAUAGAAUGAGCAGUGGGGCAGGGCCUGGGGUCCGAGCUGAUGACCCUCCUCCACAGCCUCAGCAAGAACGACGGGUCAGCACAGACCUUCCCGAGGGGCAGGACGUGUACACUGCUGCCUGCAACUCUGUGAUCCACCGUUGUGCACUCCUAAUACUAGGAGUGAGUCCUGUGAUUGAUGAGCUUCAGAAGCGAAGGGAAGAAGGGCAGUUGCAGCAGCCUUCUGUGAGUGUCUCUGAAGGCACUGGACUCAUGACCAGGAGUGAAAGUCUCACUGCUGAGAACCGCCUAGUUCAUGCAAGUCCAAGUUACAGACUGAUCAAAUCAAGGAGUGAAUCUGAUUUGUCUCAGCCUGAAUCAGAUGAAGAGGGUUAUGCACUGAGUGGCCGACGAAAUGUUGACUUGGAUUUGGCAUCAUCUCAUAGGAAGAGAGGUCCUAUGCAUAGUCAAUUAGAAUCUCUGAGUGACUCUUGGACUCGCCUGAAACAUACCAGAGAUUGGUUCUACAAUUCUUCUUACUCCUUUGAGUCUGAUUUUGACCUUACCAAGUCUUUGGGAGUUCACACAUUGAUUGAAAAUGUUGUAAGUUUUGUGAGUGGAGAUGUAGGGAAUGCUCCAGGUUUCAAGGAGCCUGAAGAAAGUAUGUCUACAAGUCCCCAGGCCUCCAUCAUUGCAAUGGAGCAGCAACAGCUAAGGGCAGAGCUUCGUUUGGAGGCACUUCACCAGAUCCUCACUCUAUUGUCUGGCAUGGAGGAAAAGGGUAACAUCUUGCUGACAGGAAGCAGGUCAAGUUCAGGCUUCCAGUCAUCCACCCUGCUCACGUCUGUGAGACUGCAGUUUCUGGCAGGGUGUUUCGGUUUAGGCACUGUUGGACACACAGGAGCCAAAGGAGAGAGUGGCCGAUUGCAUCACUAUCAAGAUGGGAUCAGAGCAGCAAAAAGAAAUAUUCAGGUUGAAAUCCAGGUGGCUGUUCAUAAGAUUUAUCAGCAAUUGUCUGCUACUUUGGAGAGAGCCCUUCAAGCAAAUAAGCAUCACAUUGAAGCCCAGCAACGUCUUCUUUUGGUUACAGUUUUUGCCCUCAGCGUUCAUUAUCAGCCAGUCGAUGUUUCUUUGGCAAUUUCCACUGGUCUGCUGAAUGUAUUGUCACAGUUAUGUGGGACAGACACCAUGUUAGGUCAGCCCCUGCAGUUGUUGCCAAAGACCGGAGUUUCCCAGCUUAGCACAGCUUUGAAAGUGGCCAGUACAAGGUUGCUCCAGAUUCUAGCCAUCACCACUGGAACUUAUGCUGAUAAACUGAGCCCCAAAGUAGUUCAGUCCUUGUUGGAUCUACUCUGUAGUCAGCUGAAGAAUUUAUUGUCCCAAACUGGUGUACUAUUUAUGGCCUCUUUUGGAGAAGGGGAAGAGGGUGAAGAAGAAGACAAAAAAGUUGACUCCAGUGGAGAAGCUGAGAAGAGAGAUUUCAGAGGUAGUAUAAGCUCUUUUUGUUUUUUCAUUAUGUGUAGAUACUUGUGUCUCCAUCGUGUGCAUAUGGUAAGAAUAUUGGCUUCUUUCUGUUGUGCUAUGAAAGGAUUCUUGAUUGUUUGCAACCUCCUUUCUCUAUAUAUACAUAUGAAAACCUAUUUUGUUCUUGUUUCUGCUUCAGCCUUGUCAGACCCAAGCAGCAGACUUUCGACGUCCCCACCUCCCCCAGCAAUUGCAGUUCCCUUACUGGAAAUGGGCUUCUCUCUCCGACAGAUUGCCAAAGCCAUGGAAGCUACAGGUGCUCGAGGAGAGGCUGAUGCCCAGAAUAUCACUGUUCUUGCUAUGUGGAUGAUAGAGCACCCUGGGCAUGAGGAUGAGGAGGAGCCCCAGUCAAGCAGCACAGCAGACUCCAGACAUGGAACAGCAGUUCUGGGAAGUGGUGGGAAAUCAAAUGACCCUUGUUAUUUGCAGUCACCUGGAGACAUACCAUCAGCUGAUGCUGCUGAAAUGGAGGAAGGUUUUAGUGAAAGCACUGAUAAUCUGGAUCAUACAGAGAAUGCAGCUUCUGGAAGUGGACCACCAACUAGAGGUCGCUCAACAGUAACAAGAAGGCACAAAUUUGACUUAGCAGCUCGCACACUGCUUGCAAGAGCAGCGGGGUUAUACCGCUCUGUGCAGGCUCACAGGAAUCAAAGUCGGAGAGAAGGAAUAUCUUUGCAGCAAGACCCAGGGGCGUUGUAUGACUUUAAUUUAGAUGAGGAAUUGGAAAUUGAUCUUGAUGAUGAAGCAAUGGAAGCUAUGUUUGGACAAGACCUGACCAGUGACAAUGAUAUUCUGGGAAUGUGGAUCCCAGAGGUACUGGAUUGGCCUACCUGGCAUGUUUGUGAGUCUGAAGAUAGGGAAGAAGUGGUCGUUUGUGAACUUUGUGAAUGCAACGUUGUCAGCUUCAACCAGCACAUGAAGAGAAAUCACCCUGGCUGUGGGCGCAGUGCAAACCGCCAGGGGUAUCGCAGCAAUGGCUCCUAUGUGGAUGGCUGGUUUGGUGGUGAAUGUGGGAGUGGAAAUCCAUACUACCUGCUGUGUGGCAGCUGCAGGGAGAAGUACUUAGCCCUCAAGACCAAGACCAAGACUACAAAUUCUGAAAGGUACAAGGGACAAGCUCCAGAUCUAAUUGGCAAGCAGGACAGUGUGUAUGAAGAAGACUGGGACAUGUUAGAUGUUGAUGAAGAUGAAAAACUAACAGGUGAAGAAGAAUUUGAAUUGCUUGCUGGACCACUUGGUUUAAAUGACCGGCGAAUUGUGCCAGAACCAGUUCAGUUCCCUGACAGUGACCCACUGGGAGCAUCAGUAGCAAUGGUCACAGCUACCAACAGUAUGGAAGAGACUCUGAUGCAAAUUGGUUGCCAUGGGUCUGUGGAAAAGAGUUCCUCUGGCAGAGUAACAUUAGGAGAACAGGCAGCAGCCCUUGCAAAUCCUCAUGAUCGAGUGGUGGCUUUAAGGAGGGUGACUGCUGCAGCUCAAGUCCUUCUGGCCAGAACCAUGGUCAUGCGAGCACUGUCUCUGCUCUCAGUCAGUGGUUCCAGUUGUAGCCUGGCUGCUGGUCUUGAGUCUCUGGGGUUAACAGAUAUCCGUACACUGGUUCGGUUAAUGUGCUUAGCUGCAGCAGGGCGAGCUGGCCUUUCUACUAGCCCUUCUGCCAUAGCCAGUACCUCAGAACGUUCACGAGGUGGACACAGCAAGGCCAGCAAGCCCAUUUCUUGCCUGGCCUACCUGAGCACAGCAGUGGGGUGCCUGGCCUCAAACACUCCAAGUGCUGCAAAGCUGCUGGUGCAGCUGUGUACACAGAACUUGAUUUCUGCUGCAACAGGUGUCAAUCUCACCACAGUCGAUGAUCCAAUUCAACGGAAGUUUCUACCCAGCUUUCUCCGUGGAAUUGCUGAAGAAAAUAAGCUUGUAACCUCCCCAAACUUUGUUGUAACUCAAGCCCUUGUGGCACUAUUGGCAGACAAAGGGGCCAAACUGAGACCUAACUAUGAUAAGACAGAAAUAGAAAAGAAAGGCCCUCUGGAGCUGGCUAAUGCCCUGGCAGCCUGCUGCCUCUCCUCUAGGCUGUCCUCACAGCAUAGGCAAUGGGCUGCUCAACAACUUGUGCGUACUCUUGCUGCACAUGACCGUGACAACCAAACGGCUCCACAAACACUCGCUGAUAUGGGAGGAGACCUCAGAAAAUGCUCUUUCAUCAAGUUGGAGGCUCAUCAGAACAGAGUAAUGACAUGUGUUUGGUGUAAUAAAAAGGGCCUCUUGGCUACCAGUGGCAAUGAUGGCACUAUUCGGGUGUGGAAUGUUACCAAGAAGCAAUACUCUCUACAGCAGACCUGCGUGUUCAAUAGGCUGGAAGGGGACGCUGAGGAAAGCCUUGGGUCACCCAGCGACCCAAGCUUCUCACCUGUUUCCUGGAGUAUCAGUGGCAAAUACCUUGCUGGGGCUUUGGAGAAGAUGGUGAACAUCUGGCAAGUUAAUGGAGGAAAAGGAUUAGUAGAUAUUCAGCCUCACUGGGUGUCUGCCCUGGCUUGGCCAGAAGAAGGUCCAGCUACAGCCUGGUCAGGAGAGUCUCCAGAAUUAUUGCUGGUGGGACGGAUGGAUGGAUCUCUAGGACUGAUUGAAGUUGUUGAUGUGUCCACUAUGCACCGCCGAGAACUGGAACACUGCUAUCGAAAGGAUGUAUCUGUCACCUGCAUUGCUUGGUUCAGUGAAGACAGACCAUUUGCAGUAGGAUAUUUUGAUGGAAAAUUGUUAAUGGGAACAAAAGAACCACUUGAGAAAGGAGGCAUUGUUCUUAUUGAUGCGCAUAAGGAAACUCUUGUUAGUAUGAAAUGGGACCCAACAGGCCAUAUUCUUAUGACAUGUGCCAAAGAAGAGAAUGUGAAACUCUGGGGGCCUGUUUCAGGAUGCUGGCGCUGUCUGCACUCACUCUGCCAUCCAUCCACUGUAAACGGCAUCGCCUGGUGCAGCCUUCCAGGGAAAGGAUCCAAGAUGCAGUUACUGAUGGCCACUGGCUGUCAAAAUGGCUUAGUGUGUGUCUGGUGUAUUCCUCAAGAUACCACACAGACCAGUAUGACCAGCUCAGAAGGAUGGUGGGACCAGGAAUCAAAUUGUCAGGAUGGCUUUAAGAAAUCGGCAGGAGCCAAGUGUGUCUAUCAGCUUCGGGGACACAUCACACCGGUUCGGACUGUGGCCUUCAGUUCCGAUGGCUUGGCCUUGGUGUCUGGUGGACUCGGAGGGCUUAUGAACAUUUGGUCUUUAAGGGAUGGCUCUGUCUUGCAAACUGUUGUGAUAGGCUCUGGAGCUAUUCAGACCACAGUAUGGAUUCCAGAAGUUGGGGUAGCUGCCUGCUCAAAUAGAUCAAAGGAUGUUUUGGUUGUGAACUGCACAGCAGAAUGGGCUUCUGCCAAUCACAUUUUAGCAACCUGUAGGACAGCCCUGAAACAACAGGGCGUUCUGGGCUUGAACAUGGCUCCCUGCAUGAGAGCGUUUCUGGAACGGCUACCCAUGAUGCUUCAAGAACAAUAUGCCUAUGAAAAGCCUCAUGUAGUUUGUGGUGACCAGCUUGUUCACAGCCCCUACAUGCAAUGUCUGGCUUCCCUUGCUGUGGGACUUCAUCUGGAUCAGCUGUUGUGUAGCCCUCCAGUGCCACCCCACCAUCAGAACUGCCCCCCUGACCCUGCAUCCUGGAAUCCCAAUGAGUGGGCCUGGUUAGAAUGCUUCUCAACCACCAUCAAGGCUGCAGAAGCCCUGACCAAUGGAGCACAGUUCCCAGAGUCAUUUACUGUCCCAGAUCUAGAGCCCGUUCCGGAGGACGAGCUAGUGCUGCUCAUGGAUAACAGCAAGUGGAUCAAUGGCAUGGAUGAACAAAUUAUGUCCUGGGCAACUUCCAGACCUGAGGACUGGCACCUGGGAGGUAAAUGUGAUGUCUACUUAUGGGGUGCUGGCAGGCACGGACAGCUGGCAGAAGCUGGGAGAAAUGUAAUGGUACCAGCGACAGCGCCUUCAUUCUCACAAGCCCAACAGGUUAUAUGUGGUCAGAACUGUACCUUUGUCAUCCAGGCCAAUGGCACGGUGUUGGCCUGUGGGGAAGGAAGUUAUGGCAGAUUAGGGCAAGGAAAUUCAGAUGACCUUCAUGUGCUGACUGUUAUUUCAGCCCUACAAGGCUUUGUGGUGACCCAGCUAGUGACUUCCUGUGGCUCAGAUGGACACUCAAUGGCCCUGACAGAAAGUGGUGAAGUCUUUAGCUGGGGAGAUGGGGACUAUGGCAAACUUGGCCAUGGCAACAGUGACAGACAGCGGCGGCCAAGGCAGAUUGAGGCCUUACAAGGAGAAGAAGUGGUGCAGAUGUCUUGUGGCUUCAAGCAUUCAGCAGUGGUAACAUCAGAUGGCAAACUCUUUACCUUUGGGAAUGGUGACUAUGGUCGUCUGGGUCUUGGAAACACCUCUAACAAAAAACUUCCAGAGAGAGUGACUGCACUGGAGGGAUAUCAGAUUGGACAGGUGGCCUGUGGGCUGAACCACACCUUGGCAGUGUCAGCAGAUGGCUCCAUGGUGUGGGCAUUUGGAGACGGAGACUAUGGUAAACUGGGCCUAGGAAACUCGACUGCAAAGUCUUCUCCUCAGAAAGUUGAUGUCCUUUGUGGAAUUGGAAUUAAAAAAGUGGCUUGUGGAACUCAGUUUUCUGUGGCUUUGACUAAAGAUGGCCAUGUGUAUACUUUUGGUCAAGACCGAUUGAUAGGCUUGCCUGAGGGGCGUGCUCGUAAUCACAAUCGACCCCAGCAAAUCCCUGUCCUGGCUGGCGUGGUCAUUGAAGAUGUGGCAGUUGGAGCUGAACACACACUUGCUUUGGCAUCAACUGGAGAUGUUUAUGCCUGGGGUAGCAAUUCAGAAGGGCAGCUUGGCCUAGGCCACACCAACCACGUUCGAGAACCAACCCUGGUAACAGUUCUACAGGGGAAGAACAUCCGUCAGAUUUCAGCUGGCCGUUGCCACAGUGCUGCGUGGACAGCCCCACCUGUCCCACCAAGAGCACCAGGUGUGUCAGUGCCUCUCCAGUUGGGCCUGCCUGACGCAGUGCCCCCACAAUAUGGGGCACUGAGAGAAGUGAGCAUUCACACUGUGCGAGCCAGGCUCCGGCUGCUUUACCACUUCUCUGACCUCAUGUACUCAUCGUGGCGGCUGCUGAAUCUCAGCCCCAACAACCAGAACAGCACAUCUCAUUACAAUGCUGGAACAUGGGGCAUUGUACAGGGACAGCUUCGGCCUCUGUUAGCUCCAAGAGUCUACACACUCCCCAUGGUGCGCUCCAUAGGGAAAACCAUGGUUCAAGGCAAAAACUAUGGACCUCAGAUUACCGUGAAGAGAAUAUCAACCAGAGGACGGAAGUGUAAACCCAUCUUUGUUCAAAUAGCAAGACAAGUGGUAAAGCUAAAUGCAUCAGACCUCCGUCUACCCUCCCGAGCAUGGAAGGUUAAACUGGUUGGAGAAGGAGCUGAUGAUGCUGGAGGAGUGUUUGAUGACACUAUCACAGAGAUGUGCCAGGAACUUGAGACUGGUAUAGUUGACCUUCUCAUACCCUCCCCCAAUGCUACUGCAGAAGUCGGUUACAAUAGAGACAGAUUCCUCUUCAGUCCCUCUGCCUGUCUUGAUGAACAUUUAAUGCAGUUUAAGUUCUUAGGAAUUUUAAUGGGGGUUGCCAUUCGUACAAAGAAGCCUCUGGACCUUCACCUGGCCCCUCUGGUGUGGAAACAGCUGUGCUGUGUCCCACUUACCCUGGAGGACCUGGAGGAAGUGGAUCUGCUUUAUGUGCAGACCCUCAACAGCAUCCUUCACAUUGAAGACAGUGGCAUUACUGAAGAGAGUUUCCAUGAGAUGAUUCCUCUUGAUUCUUUUGUUGGCCAGAGUGCCGAUGGUAAAAUGGUUCCCAUAAUCCCUGGAGGAAAUAGUAUCCCACUCACAUUUUCCAAUAGGAAGGAGUAUGUGGAGAGGGCCAUUGAGUAUCGACUUCAUGAGAUGGACCGGCAGGUGGCUGCAGUUCGAGAAGGGAUGUCCUGGAUUGUCCCUGUGCCAUUGCUGUCCCUCCUCACGGCCAAACAGCUGGAACAGAUGGUGUGUGGGCUGCCCGAGAUCUGUGUGGAUGUCCUGAAGAAGGUGGUACGCUACCGGGAGGUGGACGAGCAGCACCAGCUGGUGCAGUGGCUCUGGCGCACGCUGGAAGAGUUUUCCAACGAGGAGAGGGUGCUCUUCAUGCGCUUCGUGUCUGGGCGCUCCCGACUGCCAGCCAACACCGCCGACAUUUCCCAGAGGUUUCAAAUCAUGAAGGUCGAUAGGCCUUAUGACAGUCUGCCUACCUCACAGACCUGCUUCUUCCAGCUGCGGCUGCCCCCCUAUUCCAGCCAGCUGGUCAUGGCUGAGCGCCUGCGAUAUGCCAUUAACAACUGCCGUUCGAUUGACAUGGACAACUACAUGCUCUCAAGAAACGUGGACAAUGCGGAGGGCUCUGACACCGACUACUGACUGAUGAGGGUGCUGCCACCCACCUUCCUCAAUAAUGCUCACCUCUGAUUUGAUGUUGAUACACUUUUGUGGUAACUCCAUAGAUGCUUUAGGAACAUAAGCUGACAUAAGCAGUGGCCACGUUUAGUUACUUCAAAUGAAACAAAGAAAUUAGAUGGUUUUAUUUUUCUGUGAUUGUACAAAACAAAAAGCAGAAACAAACUGCUCGGUCAGGUUUUCCUCUGUAUUUUUGGUCACUUUGGGUAAGUUUGCAUGGAGCCAUUUUGGUGCAUUUUUAGUUGAGAAUGAUACAUUUUUGUAAGCCCACCCAGUGAACAUGAAAUUGUACAUUGUGUAUAAUUGUUCAUUAGAAAGGACAGUUUUACAUGGAUAUUCAUAUAUUUAUUUUGUUUUAGUUUGAUUCGCCUGUGCAGGGUUCCUUAUGCAGAGAAAUAAAGCAGAUUCAGGAAUCAGA